AUGGUACAUCAGUUGAAUAGGAGGUUCGCCUCGGAUUCAGCUUACGCAAGAUUGUACUCAGAUUUUGUAGCUGAAUACGCAACGCUGCGACAUAUGAUACCGAUACCAGAUUCUCAGUCAGAAUCCACUUCUGGAUAUUACUUACCUCAUCAUGGAAUAGUAAAGGAAAGUAGUAUCACGACUAAGCUAAGGGUAGUGUUUAAUGGAUCCAGCAAGACUACGACGGGAAUAUCACUGAACGACUUACUUCAUGUUGGACCCAAAAUGCAAACUGACUUGUUCAAGGUCUUGAUUUGGUUUAGACAAUUUCGAUAUGUAUUUUCAGCUGACGUUGAGAAGAUGUUCCGUCAGAUAAAGAUCCAUCCAGAAGACUGGAAAUAUCAGCAAAUUUUAUGGAUAGACCACGAGGGUCACUUAUCGACCUAUCAACUUACAACCGUAACCUACGGAUUGGCUUGCGCUCCCUAUCAAGCUCUUCGGGUCAUGUAUCAACUAACUACGGAUGAAGGAGAGAAAUUUCCCUUAGCGGUUCCUGUAUUGACACAGGGCCGGUAUGUAGAUGACCUCUUCGGAGGAGGAGAUUCUAUCGAUCAGGCGCAAAUGAUUCUUCAGCAGGUAGACCAACUCUGCAUGGCGGGCGAGUUCCACUUGCAGAAAUGGGUUAGUAAUCACCCUGACGUAUUAACAUCCAUACCGGAACAGGAUAGAAUUUUUAGUUCGUCUGUACCAGUUGGGGAGAACUCAGUUGUGCUGUCACUUGGACUAUAUUGGCAUUUAGAUACGGACAUUUUCCGAUUUAAUUUUCACCACAAACAAACGGAGAUCAUUUCGAAACGAAUUAUAUUGUCUACAAUUGCAAGGUUGUUCGAUCCGCUUGGUUUCCUAUCACCUGUUAUUAUAAAGGCGAAGAUAUUAAUGCAAGAAGUUUGGUCAAUACAACUGGGAUGGGAUGACCCAGUUCCUUCUACGAUAGCUUCUAAAUGGACCUCAUUCGUUAACGAUCUUCAGAAUUUAACUUCUGUUAGUUUUCCUAGAUGGAUAGGCUUAAGUUCCGAUCGAACAUUUGAAAUACACGGAUUCGCUGAUGCUUCACCGCAUGCAUUUGCAGCAGUCGUCUAUACUCGAUUGACCUCUAGCGAUGGAACUAUCCAUACGAAGUUAAUUGGUUCAAAGACUAAAGUGGCUCCCUUGAAACGGAUGACCAUACCGCGGUUGGAGCUCGCUGGUGCGGUUCUCCUGACCAAGCUAGUGAGACACAUAUUGGAGAUUUUGAAUCAGAAUCACAUUCCCAUUUAUUUAUGGACCGACUCGUCUGUGGCGCUCACCUGGAUAAGUAACCAUCCUUCACGUUGGAAGGACUUCGUCCACAACAGAGUCUGCUUUAUUCAGGAAUCCUUGCCGCAAGCGCAAUGGAGGUUCGUGGCAGGACAGGAGAAUCCUGCCGACUUGGCAACAAGAGGUUUAACAGUUAGUCAACUAUUAAAUAAGGAGAUUUGGUGGAACGGGCCCGUGUGGUUAACGAGACCGUAUUCUGAUUGGCCAACUACUCUAAGCGGUACCGAAAGCACUGAAAACCUGGAAGAAAAACCCAUUAAGGUGGUUACGAUUUGCGUUCAACAGUUCGAAUAUUGGAGUCUUCUAUCGAGAUACUCUUCCUUAACGAAAUUACUUAGGAUUACUGCCGUUUGCCGACGAGUUAUUGACAGGUUUCGCAAAUCUCCUAAGUCAUCUCUGACGCAUCCUCUCACUACCACUGAAUUAGAUUCGGCGAAACAAUUUUGGGUAAAAACCGUACAAUCAGCGGUCUUUUCAAAAGAGCUUGAGUUGAUUUCUAGCGGAAAACACUUUCAACCUUCACACCCAUUUUCGCGACUUACGCCGUUCAAAGGUGCUGACGGUAUCUUACGGGUUGGGGGUCGCCUUCAAAAUUCAUCGUUAGGGAUGGAAGCCAGACAUCCGGCUAUCUUACCGAAGUGUUCUCCACUCACUACAUUAGUCAUAGCAGAUACGCAUGAGCGAACCUUGCAUGGGGGAACUCAGAUCAUGUUAUCCACUCUGCGUGAGGAAUUUUGGAUCAUAGGGGGUCGGGUCCCUAUCAAGAGUCAUAUACUUAAAUGCAUUCAAUGCACUCGUUUCCGUCAGAAAAGGGCGCAGCAGUUGAUGGGUCAGCUUCCAAAGGCACGAGUUACACAAUCUCGUCCAUUUCUCCAUUCGGGUAUUGAUUAUGCUGGACCACUCUCCAUUAAAACGUGGAAGGGAAAAAACGCUCGAAAGUAUAAGGCCUAUGUUGCUCUAUUUGUCUGUCUUUCUACCUCAGCGAUUCAUCUGGAGUUGGUUACUGAUUACACCGUUGAUGCGUUCAUAGCUGCAUAUAAACGAUUCACGGGGCGGAGAGGAAUCUGUACUUCAUUAUGGAGUGACUGUGGCACUAAUUUUACAGGUGCAGAUAUUACGUUGCAACGAUUAUUCUCCGAAGCCACAUCCGAAUCUCAGCAACUCGCUUCUCUGCUAGCAAAUAACGGUACACAGUGGAAUUUAACCCCCCCAUCAGCUCCGCAUUUUGGCGGAAAAUGGGAGGCAGGAGUAAAAUCCUUGAAAUUCCACCUUCGUCGAGUAAUAGGAGACGCGUUAUUGACCUAUGAAGAGAUGAAUACUCUACUCGUUCAGAUCGAGGCCAUUCUCAAUUCGAGACCACUAACACCACUAAGUAACGAUCCAGAAGAUUUAAACGCCUUGACCCCUGGUCACUUCCUCAUGGGCUGCGCGCCUAAUGUUGUACCAGAACCAUCUUUAGAGGACACGUGUAUUCCAAGACUAUCCAGAUGGCAACUAAUACGAAAAAUGGUUGAUUGCUUUUGGACAAGAUGGUCCAAAGAAUGCUUACAGCGAUAUCACGCUAUAUCCAAGUGGAAGAUUGAAUCUGAUUCGAUCGGGAUAGGUUCCAUGGUGUUCGUUGUGGAUGAGAGAUAUCCGCCUGCUAAAUGGCCACUAGCGAGAGUCAUUGCUGUUCAUCCUGGUGAGGAUGACUUAGUACGGGUAGUGACUAUCAAGACUCAAGCUUCUAUCUUAAAGAGACCGGUGGUCAAACUAUGUCCGCUUCCUAUUCAAGCUGACGUUAUGUAG